AGCUCCAUAUAUGAUGUCCUUGGAACUAUCCACGCAGUGUCAACUAUGAAUCCAAUUGAUGCAUUGGCCAGUCGAAAUCUUAUCACCACAAAUUCAUUAUGAUCAUAUCUGAGUGCAAAAUUCUCCGGUUCAUCUCGACAGACCAGUCAGUCAUGCCUAUAUAUAGCUGGCCAUGCUGAAAGAUGCAGAGUAUACAGUUCCAUUCGUGUCAUUCUUGCUGAAAUUAGUUUAGUCCGUCUUUGGACGGACUUUUAAGCUACUUAUAAGUUAAGUCAAACGGUUCCCGGACUAGCAACACGAAUGCAUACAUGGAGACGAAAGGAAUUCUGGUUCUGUCGCUGCUACUUGCAUUAGCAACUACUCUCGAGUGUGCACAUAAAUCACCUGGUAUUAAAACAACAAAAGCAAAGACCGCGACAGUGCUAAGCAUCGAUGGAGGUGGCAUCAGAGGCAUCAUUCCUGGAACCAUUCUAGCCUUUCUCGAGUCCAAGCUCCAGGAACUGGACGGGCCAACAGCAAGAAUAGCAGACUACUUUGAUGUGAUUUCUGGAACAAGCACAGGUGGCCUGGUAACUGCAAUGCUCACAGUUCCUGAUAAAGAUAACCGGCCUCUCUUCGCUGCCACAGACAUCAACAAGUUCUACUUCGAGAAUGGACCAAGAAUCUUCCCACAGGACAAUGUCUCUGCAAAAGGGCCAAAGUAUGACGGGAAGUACCUAAGAUCGAUCAUAAGGGAGUCAUUAGGCAAUAUUGCCAUGAACCAGACUCUUACAGAAGUGAUCAUACCAACUUUCGACAUCAAACUCCUUCAACCAACAAUGUUUUCUACCAGUGAUGGAGAAGUAAGUACAUCAAAGAAUGCAUUACUAGCAGAUGUUUGCAUAGCCACAUUUUCAAAUCCUACAUUUCUACCAGCACACUACUUCGAGACCAAAUUUGAGGAUGGGAAGACCCGCAGCUUCAAUCUCAUUGAUGGCGGAGUUGUUGCAGUCAAUCCAACUCAGGUUGCCAUAACACAUCUGUUCAACGAAAUAGUAAAAGGAAACUUCGAGUAUGCAGAUAUCAAGCCAAUGGACACUACAAAAAUACUAGUACUAUCACUUGGCACUGGUACAGCCAAAUUCGAGGAGAAAUACAAUGCAAGCAUGGCUUCUAAAUGGAGUUCCAUCGAUUGGAUCAAUCCCAUUAUAGACUCUUACAGUGCUUCAAGCGCUGACAUGCCUGACAUUGAAGUCACGUCGUUAUUUCAGUCCCUCGGGGCUGAGAAAAAUUAUCUGCGCAUUCAGGAGAAUAAUCUUGUCGCGGACACAACUUCAGGUGAUCUGGCAACCACAGAGAAUAUGAAGACACUGGAGAACAUAGGGAACAGGCUGUUGGAGAAGUCAGUUGCCAGGGUGAAUAGCGAUACUGGAGCAUACGAGCCCGUGGAGAAGGGAGGUACUAAUUCCGAUGCUCUGAUCCGAUUUGCCAAGCUGCUUUCAGAUGAAAGGAAAAUCCGCAAAGCUGAUUAGCAAAUUUGAUGAUUAUUGGUUUCCUCAGAAAACCUGGAUUGCUCUUUUCUCUUGUACACUUUCUUUAAAUUCUUAGCAUACUUUCUUUUCUUUGGACUUGUUCAUGUUAAUGCAUCUUCUGUCACCGGAGAUA